UGCGAGUUUAGGAAGAAUCGCAUCCCGGUUCUAGGAGCGAUUCACACUGUUUCCAAGGUGUGUGCUGGGUUCCAAUUAAAUUUAGUGCUACCGGCGUGUCCGUGCGCGCGCUGUCAUAUGUUCAGAGGGGCGUACGUCGGUGUUUGCGCGAGGACUAUUGUGCGGCUGUUUUUCAGUGGCAAUGGCACCAUAAGGGACCAAAUUCCAUUACACUGUAAUUAGGAGGAGGAAGUCCACAAACGCGGCGGAAGAAAUCUCUCUAAGAAGAAAUGAAGAUGCUCAGAGGAUAUAUAAUAUAACACAGACUGGAGAAAACGCCGUUAGGAGUUAUAUUCGCAUCGAAAUUUAAAGGGAUAGUUUUUUUUUCUUAGCUGUCGUUACAUGCAAGAAUGAGCAUAUUCGAAAUGGGUCUUUGUUCGAGAUGCUGGAGACUGUCUGUGAUGCCGGUCCUUUUGGUAUUGCUCUUGGUAUCGUUGUUUGCACGUGCUAACUCAGUGAUGGGGAAUUCAACCAAGAUGGUGACUGCUAGAAACGGGACCUCCCUGCCAGUAGAGGAUGAGAAUGCGAAGCUGGCGGAAAUAUCCAAGGUCACAAAAUCGACUGGCACCAUGUACCUCUUCCCCCGUUCUGGACGGAAGCCCCGACAGGAAGAACCAGGCAGCGGCCUGCCAGGAGAGGACCUUCAAAUGGUCACUACUGCCCCUGAAAAGGCCACUCCAGAUCAGGGACAAAUAACGAUCAGUCUUGACUCUGCUGAGACAGACCACCUGCUGCCACAUCAGACAGCCGAGGAGGACAUCGAGGAAGAGGAAGAGUCAGAGCACGCAACUGUCGAAUCGCCAUGGAAAGGUGUGCAAGCAGAACAAGAGAAAACUGUGUACAACCUGGACCGUCAGGAGUCCCUAACCACGCCCACCCCUGCUGCUUCUCCAUCCCACCCUGCUGAAGUCCUGACCGUGGACUUCACCGGUUCCCAUGGCAGGAAGCUAGUCCCGCCAUCCCCAUCCGCCCACGAGCUUCAGGGACAUGAGCCCACUGUCUGGACCAUGCCCAAUGGCUACAACUACCUCAAUCCGUACCUCACACAUGACAAUGCUGUCUCCCCCACCUUGGAUGAGUACAGUGCCACCGCUGACACGUAUGAAAAGAAGCUCACCACCACCCCUCCACCCAGGCCCUUCGUCCCACGCUUCCCCAGCCCCACCGUGCCUGACGGGGAUGAAGGCCCACCUGCCACCCCUCAUGGAGACUGUCAGCAUGGCUUCAUACGCAGUAACGGCACCUGUAGGUCACAGUGUGACGCAGUGCCCAGCUAUUGCUUCAACGGAGGCCAGUGCUAUGUGCUAGAGGGCACUGGAGUUUUCUGCAGGUGCAACAUUCAGGACUACGUCUGGCACAAAGGUGCGCGCUGUGAGUCUGUCAUCACUGAGUUCCAAGUGUUGUGCAUCGCCGUGGGUGCCUCCGCCCUCACCGUCCUCCUGCUCUUCAUGAUCAUCGUCUGCUUCGCCAAGAAGCUGCACGUGCUCAAGACCGAGAACAACAAGCUGCGCAAGCGCAGCAGUAAGUAUCGGCCUUCUUCGGAGCAGCACAAUGAUAAUUUCUCCCUGUCCACCAUCGCUGAGGGCUCCCACCCAAACGUAAGGAAACUGUGCGACACGCCUCCUAGCCUCCCUCAUGCUCGUGCUUUGGCUUACUAUGAUAACAUUAUCUGUCAGGAUGACCCCACUGCCCAGAAUAAGCUGGAGGAGCCCGUGAAGGCCCCCCCGCCCAAGGAGGACGAGACCCUAAACAUCCAGAACUCUCUCACCCCCAAACAUGAGAACCACAAGAUGGUGGGCGAGGAGAAUUCCUCGGAGGUAAACUCCCUGCAGAACAACAUGAUGUAGAAAAAUAAAAAGAUUAAAAAAUAAAGUGACACAGCUCCACCUCCACCCAGCACACCACACACAACUGCGUCACCAGCACCAUCACUGCACACUAGAAAGUUUGUGAGCCCCUCUCCUGAGCCCUCACACCCAACCAGACUCCACCUUCCAUCCUUUCCCCCUCUGGUCUAUUUGCCCGUGUUGUCCUGCCCUUGAGAUCACCCUUUUCUAAACAUAAACAUAAACAUAAACAUAAACAUAAACAUAAACACAUACACAGACACAGACACACACACACACACACACACACCUUCCCCUGCCUAAAUGAUUUAUGGCAUGCGUUGGUGUAUUUUGUAAAAAAGAAAAAAAAGAAUAACAUAUAUGGGGUUUAAAGUAUAAAACAUUGUCAUGAAAAGAUAAGCUACUGAGAGGUAUUGAUGUUUGUCUAACUAAUUCAGUGAGUAUGUAUAAAUAUAUGACAAAACAGUUGGAUUGAUAUAAAGAAAAACACAGUGUGUCUUUGUUUUCAUUGAUGUGAUUUCUAAUCCUUUGAUGUACUUGUUUUUAUUUUGUACUUUUUUGGGAAUACAGACUACAAAGAGAAAAAACCACACACUUGUUGAAAUAAACCUUUUUAACAUGAA